UAUUUGGAACCCGUUAGCGAUUUAUGUCUCGCUUAUCUUGUUGCUAGGCUUCACAACUAGACAUCUAUCGCUUUUUGUCGAUACCACUGUUCGACGCGGGAGUUAUAUUGCAAACACAGAGAAAAUGCAGCCUGCAACAGCCAAAUGGUACGACCGACGGGACUCUGUCUUUAUAGAGUUCUGCGUGGAAGACAGUAAAGACGUGCAUGUGCGUUUUAACAAGACUAUACUUGAUUUCAGCUGUGCCAGUGGAACAAAUAACAUCAAACAUCAGAAUACUGUGGAACUUUUUGGGGAGAUUGAGCCAAAAGACUCUAAACACAGACGCACUGACCGGUCUGUGAUGUGUUGUUUACGAAAAGCUGAGACGGGCAAGGCCUGGCCUCGACUGACCAAAGAUAAGACAAGGUGCAAUUGCCUCAGCGUGGACUUCAAUAACUGGAAAGAUUGGGAAGAAGACUCCGAAGAAGACUUCAACAGUUUUGACAAGUUCUCAGAGAUGAUGAACACCAUGGGAAGCGAUGAUCUACCUGACCUAGACUGUGCUGAUGAUGAGCACGAUACUGCAGACAGCGACAACGAACAAAUGCCUGACCUUGAAUAGUGUAAAAGAUGGUUGAAGAUGGCAAUAGAGAGAGAAGACCAAAGAAGGUCCUAAAUCGGACUGAAACCACCACAACACAGGAGGUGUGUUUCACUUCUCUUUUUUUGCUGGACUCUCAUUGUUGUGUUACAUUCUUCUCCAUUCACUUACAUGAGUGCACGGGAAAGGAUUUCGUACCCCCACCUUUUAACAUUUCAGUCAAAAUGCUCCUUUUCCAGUGGAUGUUUUUUUUUUUAAAGAUCACAUUUCUCUUUUAAUGUUUUGUCGUGCAAAUUGCACUUAAUAUAUUAUGAGAAUGCUCUACCUUAUUUGUAUGGCAACAUAUACAAAUAUUUAACAUAAUUCAUUUCAGCCAAUGCAAUAAAUAAGUUCUUGUGCAAAUGGCAUUCUGUGUUGUGAGUGGUUUUGGCAAACUUUAUUUCACAUUGGUGCACUUUGAAAUAAAUACAUAAACAACCAA